AUGGUAAAGAAGGGCAAGGUGAAGGCCCCCGCGCCUGCACCAAGCCAAACCUCUGCAGCAUCCAAGGAUGGGAAUGGGAGUGGUAAAGGUAAAAAGGGACAAAAAGCAGCGGAUGCCGCUCCUGAGGUGUUGCCGCCGGCACCUCCAAAGCCGACGGUGAAGCAGAUCAUCGGAGGCUCGUCGUGGACAGGCAAGCUGCCGACGGCCGAGGGCUUCUCCGUCUGGGUGACGCUGAGUGCCAAAGACAUCAAGACGCAACAGCUCAUCACUUUGGAGCCGUUCAAAAUCCCUCUGACGCACAAGCAUCUGCUCCUAAGGGACACGGCAUUGGAGGCCAAGCAUGCGGCUGCGACGUAUGCCCUGUUUAGGGUAUGCAGCAUGCAGAACAAGCACACGGUUCUCCCCCCGGAUUACAAGUCCCUAUGGAAAGAUUUCCAAGCGCUCAAGACUCAAGAUGUCAAGGACGGAAAAGCUUGGAUGUACGAGGCCGAUCCCUUCAAGACCCUGCUUGAACGCCAGGAUGCAAGGGCUGCUGCGGAGAAGAAGCGCAAGGAGGUUGAACAGGCCAAGGCCAAGGCUAAGGAGCUACCCGGAGCGGCAGGCCUGGUGCUGCUAAGCAACACGGGAUCUGUAUCCAAUGCUAUGAAAGGCUGGACGACGGUGCCCAAGGUCGAAAUGGGCAGGCAGACGAGGAUUCAGCUGGAGUCGCUGCUGAGAGACGGCGUGACUUGGAACCCCCAUGCCGUGACCAUGCCUCCAGCUGAGAAGAAGAGCGUUGUGUCGGAACUCGGCAAGCUUGGUUUCCGUCAGAGCCACGUAGAGGAAGCUGUGGGAUACUGCAAGGACCGUCAAGAAACCCUAGAGUGGCUCUUGAUUCACGUUCCCGAAGAUGAUCUUCCCCGGUGGGCUCUUCCAGAGAAGUACUCAGCUGGCGUGACGAUAGGAGCUACAGAUCUGAGGAGGGAAGGUAUCAUUCAGCGUCUUUCGCAGACUGGAUACUCCGUGGAGCUAUGCACUCGCGUGUUGGAUGAUCAUGGCGGCAAUGAAGAUGCCGCUGCCGAAACGUUACAGAAUAUUCUUUUCCCCGCUGCUACGGCAAGCCAAGAAGGUGCCGAAGAAUCAGGGAGCGACUUUUUGGACUUUGGAACGCCCCAGGAGCAGUGGGAUGAGGAAGUGACUACGUUGGAAUCCAUAUACGGCAACCAUUUCCGCCGAGAUGGCGAUAGCAUCAUUCAAAUCCGUCUUGAUGGAGUAAAAGACGCGCAAAACGGAGACGUGGAAACCUUUUUACAAGUCCGCAAGGGUUCGAGCUAUCCACGACACAUCAUCCUUGCUAUCAUUGCUAAGCUGCCCUCGUACAUCAAGCUCAGUAUAGUGAAGAGGAUGCUGGCGCAUAUUGAGGAGGAUUUACGAGACGAGCCGACAAAGAUAUAUCUCACUGUAGACUGGGUCCAGCAGAACAUCAACGACAUCAUUGCCCACCCAGGCAAGCUUCUAGAUAUAUCGGCCGUCUCCUCUGCCGCCUCUGAGACUCGGCCAGCGAAAUCUGUGGCGAAGAGCAAGCGCUCUCGGGGUCCGCCAAGGCCUCUCAAAUGGAUUGUCGACGCAAAGAGCAAAGAAGAAUGGCUGCGUCGGCAGGGCAGUUCAUCACAGAAAGACAUGGUCACAAAGCGCCAGGCCCUACCCGCUUGGCAGAUGCAGGACGCCAUUGUUCAAACGGUGAACAAGAAUCACGUCACUAUCAUCAGUGGUGAGACUGGUUCAGGAAAGUCGACGCAGUCUGUUCAGUUUCUCCUGGACGACCUAUACGAAAAGGGGCUCGGAGGAUGCGCAAACAUGAUUGUCACCCAGCCACGGCGAAUUUCUGCGCUGGGACUGGCUGAUCGAGUGGCGGAAGAGCGAUGCUCGCGAGUGGGAGGCGAGGUGGGAUAUGCCAUUCGUGGCGAGUCCCGACAGUCAAGAGAUACUAGGAUUACAUUUGUCACGACCGGUGUGCUGCUUCGAAGACUUCAGACGUCCGGCGGUCGAGUGGAUGAUGUCGUGGCGUCUCUAGCCGAUGUCAGUCACAUCAUUAUUGACGAAGUUCACGAGAGAAGUCUUGACACAGACUUCCUUCUGAAUCUGCUUCGUGAAGUCAUGAUCAAGAAGAAGGACAUGUUGAAGCUAAUACUCAUGUCUGCGACGCUUGACGCCGCGACUUUCAAGAGCUACUUUGAAACCGAGGGACUGAGUGUAGGAGCCGUCGAGAUUUCUGGCCGAACGUUCCCCGUUGAAGAGUACUACCUUGAUGAUGUGGUUCGUAUGACAGGCUUCGGAGUUGAUGGACCUGACGAUGGAAGCUUCAUUGGCGACGAGACGAUGGGCAAGGUUAUUCAAAAACUGGGUCACCGAAUCAACUAUAGCUUGAUUGCCGAAGCCGUCAAGGCAAUUGACUAUGAGCUAUCGUACGAGAAGAAAUCGGGAGGUAUCCUCAUCUUUUUGCCCGGAGUUGGGGAGAUUAACCAGGCCUGCAACAAUCUCAGGUCCAUCAACUCACUCCAUGUUCUCCCGUUACAUGCUUCGCUUGAGACGAAGGAGCAGAAGAGGGUGUUCAGCAGCCCUCCUCCUGGCAAGCGAAAGGUGGUCGUAGCUACAAACGUGGCAGAAACUUCCAUCACGAUUGACGAUAUUGUAGUUGUGAUUGACAGUGGAAAGGUCAAGGAGACUAGCUUUGAUCCACAGAACAACAUGAGAAAGUUGGAAGAAACGUGGGCAUCGCGAGCGGCAUGCAAACAGCGACAGGGCAGAGCUGGUCGUGUGCAAGCAGGUAAAUGUUUCAAGCUCUAUACUCAGAACCUGGAGCAGAACAUGGCACCUCGGCCGGAGCCCGAGAUUAGACGAGUGCCUCUCGAGCAACUGUGUCUGUCAGUGCGAGCCAUGGGUAUGAAGGAUGUAAUUCGAUUUCUCGGGCGAUCUCCCACUCCCCCGGAAAUACCGGCAAUCGAAGGCGCCAUGACACUACUGCGGCGCAUGGGGGCUCUGGAUGGAGACGAGCUCACUGCCAUGGGACAGCAACUGGCCAUGCUGCCAGCAGAUUUACGAUGCGGCAAACUCAUGGUAUUCGGCGCCAUUUUCGGUUGCUUGGACGAUUGCAUCACCAUUGCCGCUAUCCUAAGCACUCGGAGUCCAUUCUUUUCACCUCAGGAGAAGAGAGAUGAAGCCCGGGAAGCUAGGAUGCGCUUCUACACAGGGGAUGGUGACCUACUGACCGAUCUGGAGGCUUUCAACCAGUGGGAUGACAUGAUGAAGGAUCGGGGAACGCCCCAGCGCCAGAUCAGAGCCUUUUGCGAUGAAAACUUCUUAUCCUUCCAGACAUUGACGGACAUUUCAAAUACGAGAAGCCAGUACUACGAUGCUUUAACAGAAAUAGUUGCGUCGGCAUUCACGCCGCAGAUUGCGCGGAUUCAAUACCCCGACAAGAAGUUUGCGAGCUCAAUGUCCGGAGCGGUCGAGCUGGAUCCCGAGGCGAGGGCGAUCAAAUACUUUUGCCAGGAACCUGGGCGAGUGUUUGUGCAUCCCAGCAGCACGCUGUUCGGCAGCCAGGGGUUUUCCGGGAAUGCGGCGUACAUGUCGUACUUUAGCAUGAUAUCGACCACCAAGAUUUUCAUCCGGGACCUAACUCCCCUGAAUGCGUACACGCUGCUCAUGUUCUGCGGGCCCAUCGAGCUCGAUACUCUGGGCCGUGGCCUCUUGGUUGACGGAUGGCUCCGACUCCGGGGUUGGGCUCGUCUGGGAGUUUUGGUGGCCAGGCUGAGGGCCAUGGUGGACAAUCUGAUUGCUGACAAGGUGGAGAAUCCGGGGUUGGAUCUGGCGGGGAACAAGAUUAUUAAGUUGGUGGUUAAGAUGAUUGAGCUGGACGGGCUGGAUGCUUGA